UCUUACAAUGAGGCAGAAGCGACACCAUGUUCAGCAUCAGAUGCCUAUACCUGAAACUGAUCCUUCGGGAGCAAGUAACGAGAACCUUCUCUUUGUUCCUGAACCCAGACGCUGCCUUGGCUUUAGAUUCCUCAGCAUCUUCGUUCUUGUCUUUCCAACCCAAUAGAGUCCUUUUGGGUCUCUCCGGGGCUGAGUCGUCUUUCUUCGCCGGCGCCGCCGCUUCGGUCUCGCUGUGCUUUCUCUUCCUCCCCAUUUGGCUUUUUUUGUUCUUUCUAUUUGCGUAAACAGCAGCUAAAUUCUUUUUAGGGUUUUAGGACAGAAGUCAAACCUACGGGACAAGCUGCUUUAGCUUAUUUGACAAUCGAAAACUACAUCGUUUUGAUGUUAUUAUUAGAUGGGCCGAAAUUUUAAUGGACCUAAAGUUACACAAGAAAUGGGCAUGUAAAAGGCCCACAAAGUGUUCACCCAAUCAGUAAUAAAUUAAUAAUAGAUUAAAGGGAUUAAACAUCUAUCUCUUUAUUCUGAUCUUUCUUUCCCAUCGACGUAGCAAGUAGCAACUAAGAUAAUAACAGUUGACGGUAAAUGUUGUUAAUUUAUUAAACCGACACAACCGGCUGUUCACAAGUCAUAACUAUCUAUUUGCUGUGAACGUAUGUUACUUUUUACUUAUACUUUAUUAUUGAAAAGUUUGUACUAAGAAGGAAAGUUUUUUGCAUAUUAAUCAAUUCGAAAAGUAUGAAUCAUUCAUAUUCAUUGUACACUUUACAAAAAUCCACUUAUUAUCUUCAAGAAUCCAAUAGUAUAGAAUAUAGAAGAUUGAAACUAUACAGACAAUAGAAAAAGUCAUCUACGGGUAUUUAAGUUUUUCAUCAAUUAUUUCAAACUGCUUGUAUUUUAACUCGCUAACUACAUAAUUUAAACCAUAAACCAAAUUAAAUUGAUUUAGUCUAAACCAAAAUCAAAUAUUCGUAUUUUUUCUUUCCUUGAAUAUGUUAAUUAAUGUAAAAAAAUUAAUAUUUUCCUAAUUACAUAAUUUUUUAACUUGCGAGGAAUGUUUAUAUAAAUUUCUAUAUCUUAUUUGAACGGGAGAUAAGUAUAGAAAUAUUUAAAGUGAUUGCUUAACGAAUCACUUUUGUGUUUUUUAUGAAAAAUUGCAAACUUUAAGAAAAUUAAUUAAUUUUAUUGAAUUACUAUUGGUUAAAAGUUAUUGAAAAUUAAAAAUUAGAGAAAAUGAUAUAUUUAUUAUAGUAGUUUAAUGUUUUUUUUUUAAUAUGUGUGAAAAUACUAAAAAAUCUAUUAUUUUGGAACGAAUGGAGUAAUAUAUAGCUUGUGAACAAUGUUUUAGCUUUGACUAAGGUAAUCUGAAGAUAGCUUGCUUACAAAGUUUAGAUAUAAGUUUCUUUAGGUUCCGAAUGGUAACGUUCGUUCCGCACUGCACUGUAGUCAACAGUACCAAAAAUCUCUAUAUAUAUCAUAUAUCUAUAUGUUCUUAUAACUGUUAGAAUCGCACCACAGUUAAACCGCUUGUCCCGCCCCGCUCAAUCUGAUGUUACCAUUCGGAGCCUUAAUCUUUUAUGUUUGUAGAUAUUGUUUUCUCAAUAUUUUUUAUGAUUAAAUACGUUCUUUUAAUUUGUGAUAUUUUAAGUAUGCAAAUAUCGAAUAAUUAUUUACAUGACUAUCAAUAUUAAAAACAUGAUUAGUAUUUAAAGUGAUUUUGAUGGGUUGUUGUUGACAAACGAAUUGUUCAUUAGCAGCAAUUAAUGUGGGGUUUCGAUAUGAUAAUGUAGUUGUGGGUUUUGGUUUUAAAUAUUAAGUGUAAAUGAAUAUAGUAAAUUAAUCAGUCCAAAAUUUAUUUUAUAUUGUUGUAUUUUUUAUGUAAUAAUUGUAUCUUCAUAGAUAUUUUUUUUUAGAUAUUUUAUCCUACGGAAAGUGCGUAUUACUACUACCUAUUAGUUACUCCCUCCGUUUUUUAUAUAUGACGCUUUAGAAUUAUGCACAUAGAUUAAAAAAUAUUUAAUUUCUAAAUAAAAACAUUAUUAAUUAUUUACCUAACCACAAUUUAACCAAUAAUAAAAUAGAAACUAUAAUAUCAUUGGUCAUCUAGCAUUAAUUAGUCAUAAAUUUUACAUAGAAAAUUGAAAACGUCAAAUAAUUUGGAACAAAAAAAUUCCUCUAAAACGUCAUAUAUAAAAAAACGAAGGGAGUAUUAGUUAAGUAUAGUGACAAAAAAUUUAAAAAGAUAUAUGUUCUUUUUGUGGAGAUGUAUCAUUUAAAUUUAUGUUUCUUUUUUAGAAAUGUAUAUAUGUAUAUCUUUAUAUGACCACUAAUUUCAUUAAGUCUCUUAAGAGUUAGAUAUAACAAAUAUUUAAAGAUACAGUAAGAAAUUUUCUUAAAGUGUUUUGGAAAUAGAUGCUUAGCUUCAUUGCAAUGUCAGAAGAUCCAUGUAUUGAAAAUAUUUUAAUAAUUUUUUGAAGUUUCUAUUUACACAAAUUGUGGGAAGAUGAAGCUAAGCAUCUAUCUUUAUAUGGAUUUUUUAAAAUUUCCAAUUAGUUAAUAAAACAUGUAUUGAAAAUUAGAUCUUUUUGAAACAAUUUUUUUCUCUAGACUAUGUAAUUUUAUGAAACAGACGGAGUAUUUGGAUUUUCACAUUCUUUUUCUUGUUGGUCCAACAAGAGUAUUUUCACAUUCCAUAUUGGAAAAGAAAAGUCGUGUUUCCCAGAUUUAGUACCAUAAAUAAAUCAUAAUACUAAAUAGCUUUCCACUUUAUAAGUGUAAUUAUAUAAUCGAUUUUAUUUUCUGUAGAUACAUUAACAGCUCAUUAUUAUAUCUGUCUUUAAAAAAAAUGCUCUUUCAACCUUCCAACAAAAUGAAGGAAACGGCGUGUGCCAAGAAUAAAGAACCGAAGCCUGGAUGCUUUCGUAAUGUUUUUGCUGUUUGGUUUCGUUCUUCAAGAUGCCGACAAGCUUCAAAGUGCAAACUCCAUAUCCAGAGUCUGCAAUGUUCCGUCAAGAUUCAUCGGAGACGAAGAGACUGUAUGGUUAAACAGUCCCGGUCUGAUGUCGCUAAGCUCCUUGAUAGCGAUCGCUUACAGGAAGCACGUCGUAAGACGAGGCAAAUCUAUGAGGACGAGAAAAUGUUAUCAGCUUAUGAUCAAGUCGACUACUUCUGCACAUCUAUAUUACAGAAUUUUUCUCCUUUGGACCGUCAAAGCGAUGUCCAUCUGUUACCAGAAGAAACUAAAGAAGCAAUGGCCGGACUGAUAUUUGCUGCAUCAAGAAUCGGCGAGCUUAAGGAGCUUCAAAUCAUAAGGAGCUUGUUUGUCCAAAGAUUUGGGCUUGGGUUUGACAAAGAUUGUGUAGAUUUGCGUCCAGGACACUUGGUGAGUUCGGAGAUAGUGAAGAUUCUAGAGACGAAGUAUUCGAAAGAUGCAUUUACUCCAGAGAACCUAUUUGGAAUUUUCCAAAACUACCAAACCAACAGUACCACUACUAAUGUGGAUUCAAUAACUGAAGAUUCAGCUUCACGUAAUGAUCAUGGCAUUGCCCGUUCUGAUACAGCGAAAAAGAGAAACCAAAGGAAGUUAUGAAGAAGAAUUCAAAGUUUCUGGAUCGCUCAUCGUUUAUGAGGUAGAAGUUUGAUUGUGAUUUGUAGUAUGGGUUUGAUGUUCUUAUUAAGAUUCUUCUUGUGUUUUUUUAUUCAAUUUAAGAAAACAAAAUUAUCUUUUCAUUUUUACAUUGUUAGCUAAAAUUAUAAUUUUAUAUGUUUUUAUUCUCCAAAUUAUUUGGACUAGUGUUUGUAUUAUCAUCAUCUUUAUACGUAUGUCUAUUGUGGACACACCAACGGUGUUUGGUUUAUCAUGUAUGCGCAUUUGCAUCUCAUCUGCACAUACGGUACCGUAUGUUCUGUGUAUAUAGUAGUUGUCCAUUGGACGUAGAUUUUGCUAUGACUGAGUUUCUUGAGAAUUGAAACAUUUGUUUGGUCUUGAUGAAAAAAAUGACUUGAUGAGGAGUUUUAUGAUGAGCUCGGAGGAGAUGAAAAUGGGCUAUUUGGGCUUUCGACAUUUAAUUCCUUUAUUAUAGUCUAAACCCAUUUACAGUAUACGUAAUCGCUAUCUUAAUGUAGAAACUCAUCUUUACGAUGUAUUUUGAAAAUUGGAGUUAGGUCAAUCAUAUUCUAUCACGCUAAAAUAAAAUAAUUUUUUUAUACAAUUAGAUUUGUUUUAAUGGUUCAUUCCAAAUAUAGAAUAAAAAAUAAUAGUAUUUUAUAUUUUGCUUUAUUAUAGAGUAACUCUAUUGUAGAUUGAAUCAUUGGGAAAAAAUCAAACUCUAUAAUAUAAUUAUUUUAUUUUAGAGUGAAAUAUAGAAAAAAAUUUGUUAUGACUGAGUUUCUUGAGAAUUGAAACAUUUGUUUGGUCUUGAUGAAAAAAGGACUUGAUGAGGAGUUUUAUGAUGAGCUCGGAGGAGAUGAAGAUGGGCUAUUUGCGCUUUCGACAUUUAAUUCUUUUAUUAUAGUCUAAACCCAUUUACAGUAUAUGUAAUCACUAUCUUAUUGUAGAAACUCAUCCUUACGAUUUAUUUUUAAAAUUGGAGUUAUGUCAAUUAUCUUCUAUCACGCUAAAAUAAAAUAAUUAUAUUAUAGAGUUUGAUUUGCUUCAAUGGUUCAUUCCAAAUAUAGAAUAAAAAAUAAUAUUAUUUUAUGUUUUGCUUUAUUAUAGAGUAACUCUACUGUAGAUUGAACCAUUAGAAAAAAUUUAAACUCUAUAAUAGAAUUAUUUUAUUUUAGAGUGAAAUAUAGAAAUUUUUUUUGUUAUGACUGAGUUUCUUGAGAAUUGAAACAUUUGUUUGGUCUUGAUGAAAAAAAGGACUUGAUGAGGAGUUUUAUGAUGAGCUCGGAGGGGAUGAAGAUGGGCUAUUUGCGCUUUCGACAUUUAAUUCCUUUAUUAUAGUCUAAACUCAUUUACAGUAUACGUAAUCGCUAUCUUAUUAUAGAAACUCAUCCUUGCGAUUUAUUUUUAAAAUUGGAGUUAUGUCAAUCAUCUUCUAUCACGCUAAAAUAAAAUAAUUCUAUUAUAGAGUUUGAUUUGCUUCAAUGGUUCAUUUUAAAUAUAAAAUAAAAAAUAAUAUUAUUUUAUAUUUUGCUUUAUUAUAGAGUAACUCUAUUGUAGAUUGAACCAUUAGAAAAAAUUCAAACUCUAAAAAAAUUUGUCUACCAUAAAGGAUGGUUUAACCAGAACAUAAAGGAUGGUUUAUACGUAUGUCUAUUGUGGACACACCAACGGUGUUUGGUUUAUCAUGUAUGCGCAUUUGCAUCUCAUCUGCACAUACGGUACCGUAUGUUCUGUGUAUAUAGUAGUUGUCCAUUGGACGUAGAUUUUGCUAUGACUGAGUUUCUUGAGAAUUGAAACAUUUGUUUGGUCUUGAUGAAAAAAUGACUUGAUGAGGAGUUUUAUGAUGAGCUCGGAGGAGAUGAAAAUGGGCUAUUUGGGCUUUCGACAUUUAAUUCCUUUAUUAUAGUCUAAACCCAUUUACAGUAUACGUAAUCGCUAUCUUAAUGUAGAAACUCAUCUUUACGAUGUAUUUUGAAAAUUGGAGUUAUGUCAAUCAUAUUCUAUCACGCUAAAAGAAAAUAAUUUUUUUAUACAAUUAGAUUUGUUUUAAUGGUUCAUUCCAAAUAUAGAAUAAAAAAUAAUAGUAUUUUAUGUUUUGCUUUAUCAUAGAGUAACUCUAUUGUAGAUUGAAUCAUUGGAAAAAAAUUAAACUCUAUAAUAUAAUUAUUUUAUUUUAGAGUAAAAUAUAGAAAAUUUUUUGUUAUGACUGAGUUUCUUGAGAAUUGAAACAUUUGUUUGGUCUUGAUGAAAAAAAGGACUUGAUGAGGAGUUUUAUGAUGAGCUCGGAGGAGAUGAAGAUGGGCUAUUUGCGCUUUCGACAUUUAAUUCCUUUAUUAUAGUCUAAACUCAUUUACAGUAUACGUAAUCGCUAUCUUAUUGUAGAAACUCAUCCUUACGAUUUAUUUUUAAAAUUGGAGUUAUGUCAAUUAUCUUCUAUCACGCUAAAAUAAAAUAAUUCUAUUAUAGAGUUUAAUUUGUUUCAAUGGUUCAUUCCAAAUAUAGAGUAAAAAAUAAUAUUAUUUUAUAUUUUACUUUAUUAUAGAGUAACUCUACUGUAGAUUGAACCAUUAGAAAAAAAUUAAACUCUAUAAUAGAAUUAUUUUAUUUUAGAGUGAAAUAUAGAAAAAAAUUUUGUUAUGACUGAGUUUCUUGAGAAUUGAAACAUUUGUUUGGUCUUGAUGAAAAAAAGGACUUGAUGAGGAGUUUUAUGAUGAGCUCGGAGGGGAUGAAGAUGGGCUAUUUGCGCUUUCGACAUUUAAUUCCUUUAUUAUAGUCUAAACCCAUUUACAGUAUACGUAAUCGCUAUCUUAUUGUAGAAACUCAUCCUUACGAUUUAUUUUUAAAAUUGGAGAUAUGUCAAUCAUCUUCUAUCACGCUAAAAUAAAAUAAUUCUAUUAUAGAGUUUGAUUUGCUUCAAUGGUUCAUUUUAAAUGUAAAAUAAAAAAUAAUAUUAUUUUAUAUUUUGCUUUAUUAUAGAGUAACUCUAUUGUAGAUUGAACCAUUAGAAAAAAAUUCAAACUCUAAAAAAAUUCACUAUCUUGCUUGAGUUUGAGAUGUAAGGUAAAGGAUGUUAUCGAACGACGCAGAGCAUGUUUCAAAAAAAAAAAAAAAAAAAAAAAAACAACAACGUAGGCCCUUUUUUGCCAUCUCAGACUUACUACUGUGGCUAUGUGGCUUAAUAUAUAACUAUAUUGUAUUAGUGUUGACAUUGCUUCACUAUUAGCAAUAACCAAUAAUAAACGCUAUUGAAAGAAAAGUAUAAAAAAAAACAUUUUUCACUUUUAAUCAUAUAAAAUUAUUCUUUGUUUAGCUUAAUUAGAAAUUAUAUAAGUUCUUAGUCUAUAUUAAAAGCAAUAAUAUAAGACCUAUUCGAUUUAAGAUCGCUCGUCGCUUUUAUCAGCUGAGAUAUGUCAUAUAUUGGAUUAUGCUUAUGGAUGGAGCUCAUAUAUACUUCUAUAUGCUCCAGAUGAGCCACUUCUAUAUGAUAAAAAAUAAUUUAAAAACAAAAAAAAAAUGAAACGUAAAGCAGCAUCACAGAUUGAGUUCAAAUUUCACUUUGAGUAUUGUAACUUUUCGU